GCACAAAAGUGGCGCUACAUCGUCUCCAACCCUGCUCCGGUGGUUGCGGUAGCAAUGGAUGGGGAAUCAGCAUCCAGGCCUGCUGUGGCAGACAAGGAGGCAGGGCAGUUGGAGCCCACAGAUGCCGCUCCCUUCACCCAGCGAGAGACCACGCCCCCCUUAGAUGAUGCCAGGCAGGCAGUUUCCUCAGUGCCAGGGGAUGAAACUGCCGGGGAGGGAGAAGCAGAGGAUAACGAUGAUGAUGUGGUGCUGGUUGGGGAGGAGGUGCCACAGCCCAACGCGGAUGCCCCCUCCCAUGACACGCCCAGCACAGACUGCCCUGAGCCCACAGCUGCUGCGGCAACUGAUGCUGCAUCUGUGGCAACAACUCCCUCCAAGACCCCUAGCCCCCCUGCGUCUUCCACGAGCUCUGCAGGUGCCCAAAGGACUCAGAGCGUUGCCACGGAGCCCAUCGUUAUCGAUGACGAGGAGGAUUCUGAGCACAAAGUCACUCCUUCAGCAGUCGUUGCAUCCCCUGGAGGACCCUCCCCAGGGAUCCUCAGUAGCACGGAGCCAGACUCGGAGAUUAGAAUUUCCAGUGUCACCACGCUGGGGUCCAACAGUCAGAAGGGAGCCUCCUCCGUUUCCAUGUCUACAACCCAGCCAAUCACAAUAGAGCCGCAGGCGGACAUUAACCUGAUGAUCACCUCAGUUACAUCACUGCAGGCUGGGGCUGCGGCCCUCAUGGUGGCGCCAGAGGGCCAAGCUGAGAAUGGUCUUCAGAUAAGCGGAGCAUUCAGUUUGAGUUCAGACUCCUCGGCCAGUCGACCCACAGCCUCUUUUAAUCCAGGGCGGGGUCCAGGAUCCACAGCACAGCCUGUGCAGAACGGAGACACAGGGUCACACGCCAGGGCUGACUCCUUGAUCUCCCAGUCAGCCUCGUUCCCACGCAACCAGAAACAGACGGGAGUGGACUCUCCAUCUCCUGCCACCUCCCUCCCCAAACCUGCAGGCCAGUCCUCUUCAUCCUCCUCUUCCUCCUCAGGCGGUCAACCACAACCCAGGACAGUCAAGGUCACCUGUGCAAACUGUAAGAAGCCUUUGAAGAAGGGACAGACGGCGUACCAGCGCAAAGGCUCCACACACCUGUUCUGUUCCACCACCUGCCUCUCCGCCUUCUCACACAAACCAGCCCCCAAGAAGAACUGCACCAUGUGCAAAAAGGACAUCACAACUAUGAAGGGCACCAUCGUCGCCCAGGUUGACUCCAGCGAGUCCUUCCAGGAGUUCUGCAGUACUGGUUGCCUGGGAGCUUAUGAGAACAAGCAGAACCCACCCAAAUCCAACCUCAAAACCAAGUGUACCGUCUGUGGCAAGCUCACUGAGAUCCGGCACGAGGUAAGCUUCAAGACCGUGACGCACAAAAUCUGCAGCGACGCAUGCUUCAACGUGUACCGUAUGGCCAACGGGCUGAUCAUGAAUUGCUGUGAGCAGUGUGGUGACUACCUGCCCAGCCGAGCCACAGCCAACCACUUCCUGCUGUUGGACGGACAGCAGAAACGCUUCUGCUGCCAGAACUGCAUCAGAGAUUUCAAGCAGGCCCACAGUAAGCUGGCAAGCUGUGUGACUUGUAAGACCCUGAUCAAGACAGGUGAGGUGCUUCACAGCGUGGGAGCCAGCGGCACCAUGGGAAUUUAUUGCUCCAUCACAUGCAUGAACAAGGGCAAGACAGCUGCCAUCUCUAUCCUCAACACAGAGCCCACCUGUCACUUCUGUAAGAGGAAUUCUUUACCGCAGUACCAGGCCACACUGCCGGAGGGAAACGUCCUCAACUUCUGCAGCUCUCAGUGCGUCACAAAGUUCCAGAAUGCCACACUGCAGACAACGACCAAUGGACAGGUGCCCCCCACCACAAACAACAGCGUACAGCUAAAAUGCAACUACUGUCGAGGAGCCUUCAGCCUUAAGCCUGAGAUUCUGGAGUGGGAGGACAAGAUGUACCAGUUCUGCAGUAAGACAUGCUGUGAGGACUACAAGAAGCUCCAUUGCAUUGUGACUUUCUGCGAGUACUGCCAAGAGGAGAAAACACUCCAUGAGACAGUGAAGUUCUCAGGGGUCAAGAGACCCUUCUGCAGUGAAGGCUGUAAGCUGCUGUUCAAGCAGGACUUUGUCAAGCGGCUGGGUCUGAAAUGCGUCACCUGUAACCAUUGCAACCAGCUGUGUAAGAGAGGGGUGACCCGACAGCUGGGUGGGGUCACCAGGGACUUCUGCAGUGAGGCCUGCGCCAAGAAGUUUAAUGACUGGUACUAUAAGGCGGCGCGAUGUGAUUGCUGUAAGGUGCAGGGUAAUCUGACGGAGUCGGUGCAGUGGCGGGCAGAGAUGAAGCAAUUCUGUGAUCAGCAGUGUCUGCUAAGGUUCUACUGCCAGCAGAAUGACCCCAUCAUGGUCACACAGAAAGGCCCAGAAAACACGAGCUUGGGUUUUGACGUGCAAGGGGCCAAAGUUGGGCUGUUGAACCAGGGCACUGUGCCAUAUGCCGGUGGAGGGGUGGUGAGGGACGUCAAGAAUAAAGCGGUGCUCUGCAAACCGCUCACCCUGACCAAAGCCACCUACUGUAAGCCGCACAUGCAGAGCAAACUCUUGCAGACAGAUGUGGAUGAUGGCGUGAAGAGAGAGUUUAUUCCUGUUCCCAUCCCUGUACCGGUCUUCAUCCCAGUGCCCAUGAAUAUGUACUCCCAGGUCACGCCUACACCAGUCUCUAUGCCCGUACCGGUACCAGUGCCUGUAUUCCUGCCCACCACACUGCAGGGAGCAGAGCAGAUCAUUCAAGCCAUCUCUGAACUAAAGACCAAGGUGCCCACUGACCCCCUGGAGGCGGACCUGCUGGCUAUGGCCGAUAUAAUCGCAGAAGACCAGAAGCCAGAUGUGAAACCGGCGAAGGUGAAGAAAGAACGUGGAAGGGGAGAUUCCAGCUUGUCCUCUAGCAGCAGCUCUGAGGAAGAGGAAGAGGAAGAGGAGAAAUAUGAUCCUGAGCUGGACUUGGAGAUGGACUAUUGUCAAGCCCAGGAGCCUGUUCCAGGAGUGGAGGGGUUGGAGGAGGACUUCAGUCUACCUCCAGUCCUAACAGAGGAGAAGGAGGAUUCAUCACCUCGACCUUGGUACAACAAGCAGGGGAACAAGAGGCAAGCAGUGGAGGAGGGGCCCAUCCCAGCCUCAUCCUCCUCCCCCCUCUCAGGAGACAGACAUCCAGAGGGACACUGUCUUCCUCUGAAGUCCCGUUACGGUGUCAAUGCUUGGAAACGCUGGGCGCUGUCCUCUACCGACCAAUUAGAGGAUGCUGAAGGAAAGGUCUCCCCCAAGUCAGCUUCUGAUGCGGUUCAGUCCAGAACCAACCUGCUGUCUCUGACUUCGGCGGAGCUGUGCACAGCUCUGUCCCGGUUUGUGCGUGAGGUCUGCAGGCCCAACGGGGAGCGCUACGCUCCAGACAGCAUCCUCUACCUCUGUCUGGGAAUACAGCAGCAUCUUCGUGCCAAAGGCAGAGAUGAUGACUUGUUCAAUGACCCAUGCUACCAGCAGUUUGGGGAGGAGCUCAAUAAGGUCCUCAGAGGCUGGCAGCCCAGCGUCCUUCCCGAUGGCUCCCUGUGGGGUCGUGUGGAGGAGCAGAGUCUCUGGAGCAGUGGGCAGCUCGGAAAGCAGAGCCCUGCCUCCCUGCUGCGCUCUCUGGUCUAUCUGAACACCAAACACUUGAGCCUGCGCACUGUUGAACAGCACUUGCGCCUCUCCUUUGCCAAUGUCUAUGGACCAGACACCAUCCACCCUGUCAUCAAGGAAACCACUGCCUGCACCCGUGUGCCUUCCAUCCCUCAGGAACUCCAUGUCCAAAUGAGCUCCAGGAAAAGGAAGCGCAAACCCGAAGAGGAUGAGUCAGACUAUGAUCCAGAUGAAGGUUUGGAAGGCUCUGCCCCUUGGUGUCCUAUCAGGCAGCAAGAGAGAGAUAUCUACGACCUCUACAUAUCCAAGUGCUCAGAGUCAUUGAGGGAGCGUGCAGAUGUGUUCUACCUGCAACCAGAGGCAAGCUGGAGUCCUGAUGGCCCUGUGUGGUUUAGCUCUGCUCCCCUGGAGCACCCUGUCCUGGAGAGCCUCCUCACCAGGGUCCUCAUAGUCAGGGAUAUUUACACAGACAAACAGCUCCCCAAGGAGGAGGAGGCAAAGCAGGAAGAGGAGGACCAAGACGGCAAGCAAGAGGGCAUGGGGAGUAACUGACAUUUGGUCUUCCGUUUGUAGAGCUCUGAGGAAGAGGAGGAGGAGAAGAGCCAGUCUCCUCACUCCUCUUCCUCUUGCCUCAUCAACUUCCAGAGCCCACAUCACGAGCGACAGGGACACAGUGAUAAAGAAGGUGUAUACCUGCUAGGACUCCCACUCUGGUGAUGGAGUCUGAGGUAGAGGAGUUGGAGGGGGGUUGACAAGAAUAGCUUUUAUUCUUUUCCUUGUGAUUAUGCUCCACAAAAUGCACAGGAAGGGGAUUUGGGUGAAAGAGAGAAGCCCUGACUGGUGUUUCUUGAGAGACAGGGUGGUGAAAGGGGAAGGAAAUGGCCCUCCCACCUCUCCCUACCUACUCCAAAUCUGUCCUCCUCCUCAAAGGUAUAGCUUGAAAACCAGCUGCCUGACUUUGAUGAUAAGGUGUAAGGGGGGGGGGGUGUAGAGGAGACUAAUGCAAUUUGUUUCUCCAGUAAACAACACAAAGGAAGCGUGUUCACCAAAAUGACCCGGCUCAUUCCACACAGCAUGUUAUGUCUAAGGUUUUUUGUAGAGUGACAGUAAGCAUUGGGGAAGGUCAGGCGAGUUUGUGAGAAAGGGAGAGAAAGAGAAUUACCUCUACCUGUUCUUCAUUUCGGAGGACUCCAGAAACAAACUGGGACAUCACUGUGAGGAACCAAAGAAGGAGCAAAAGGAGGACGUACCGCUAGGUCACAAAGGGCUGUCUCUUUUUUUUAAGGUGUUCUUCAACACUUGGCUACUUUCAUUCCCAACCUAUGGGCGCGCCAUUAUGACUGCUCUCUUACUAUUGCACCAUAGCAGAUGGCAGCCUGGAGAAGGUCAGUCAAUUUAGAACUGGUCAUGUGACAGUCUUGAGUCAGGAAGUCUGUCUCUGCUGCUGUCUCUCUCUGUCACUCCCUCUCUUUUUCUUUCUGAUUCACUCGCUGAGAAGCAGAUGGACCUAACUGGCUGUGUGUGGCAUAUUGAAUAACGAAUAGCUAUUGAAUAGCGUGUCAUUAAGAGGGAGGGGUGGACUGACCAACAAACUGACAUGCUGCGCUUCUUUUUCUGGACAUUAGCAGGAGCCUCCAUUCAUGCAAUGUAGCAUUAUGUACGUACUAAAGCCCAGAUUGGGCAGCUAUGAAGUAAGUGUAAAUAUUUCUGAAACUAGGGGCGGGGAGUGAAAGACAGAGACAGACACUGUUGCAGACAUAAACUAGGAAAAAUUAAACCCUCAGUGAAGUCCUCUUCAGCUUGAACAUCCUCUUACACAUAAAGCCUUUUUAAUGAAGAAAAAAAAUUGGUUAUUUAUUGCGUUUUCCUUGGUAUAUCCGUUUUCUCCUUUUCACAUUGGGGGAGGGGUUUGUUGCACAUGGAUCCAAAUAAAAAUCCUCAGAGGCCCAGCGUGCCCUGUCGACCGUUUCGUGUUCUCCCAAAGCGAGGCUGCUGCUCGGCGCCACUGAGAGCAUAACUAGGAUGCAGGUAUACGCUGAAUAACGGAGGACAUGAUACGUCCUGUGACGCAUGAGACACUACAUUUUUAAGGCUUUUAAGGCUCUGCUUAUUUUUUUUACUGUACUUGAGUGUCAGUUUUCUUUGGAGUUACGCUUAUAAUGAGCUUAAUUUCCUCAAAUGUUCCUCUUUUUAUUUAUGUGGGUUAAUUAUCCCCGUGUUUACUUUUAAUCUUUUGAGCUGGAUUUGGAAUUUGCUUUGUAUUUCAAUAAAUUGCUAAAAAGAAAGUACUGUUAAGCAAAACUGAGACUUGUUUUUGUUCUCCACUUUCUUUCUCCCAGUUAACUUUGAUUUAGAGAUGGAGAAGACUCACCCCCAAAGCCCCAAUUGUGUCUUGAGUUAAACCCCUAUUUCCCCCCAACAAAUAUUAACAUUUAUACAGUUUGUGCACAAAUUAAAAGGAACAUCUUCCAAAUGUUGUUAUCCAACCCACCACCCUUCUUUCCGUUUGGGUUUUGUAACAUCCUAUAUCACCGUUGUGUGUCAUACUUGAAUGUUUUUAUCCAUCUCCCUUUAGUAACAGAAAUGUAACGUAUGAGACCACAGAGAUGAACGUUUUCACAGGGAUUCACUUGGUUUUUACUUAUUUCAUGAUGAGAGCAUGUGUUCUCAAUACUUUGCACACUCCUCUGUACAGUCAAAAGCAUAGUUUUUAAGUGCAACACCACAAAAACGAGGAAAGUAAAUUCGAAAAGAGUAUUUUUCCGUACCGAAAUCCCCCUGCUCCUGCUUUCUUGACUAAAGGUCUUCAAUCCCAGCUCUGACUCCUAACCUUGUGACUUGCCGAAAUUGAUCCCGGAUCGGAGACCCCUGGGUUAACUUUUCCCUCAUCAUUGAGGAACGGUGGCUCAUGUCCGAGUCGGAGGCUUUGACUAAAGCCUGCUAAAGGUGUGGACACAGCGGCUGACGCCGUGGCUGGCUAUAAUGCCUAAUGUGAAUGUGCCUAUCUGUAAAUAAUGGAAGUGAGUGAUUGUGAUUUGAGUCUGAUGCAAACGUGUGGGCCGUUCUGCCAAAACGGUUACAUUAAAUAAAUGAUUUCAUUUUC